AUGAAGACUGUAAAGUUUUCGGAGUUAUUUCCAAACGCCUCCGCGCCAGCGAGAGUUCCCUCGGAACGCAUCUUUAUAAAUGAAAAUCUGACAACAAUUCGCCGAAGGUUAGUGAAAAAGGCGACUGAUAAGAAGAAUGACGGAUUAUUACUGGGAGUUUGGACUAUUGAUGGGAACGUUUUUGUGAAGACUUGGCCGGAUGGAAAUCCUGUAAGAUUUAGUUAGUUACCUUUGACUCAAUGUUACAGCUGGUAGGUGGAAGCAUAAUGAAACUUUUAAGUAUGGGAGGGGCAUCUUAAAAGGGUUUCGAAUCGAGCGGUUUUUUCUCUAAAGUAUUUUCUUUACCUUUAAAGGUAAUUUUUUUUAAGUGUUUCCGUCCGCAGUGGUUUCUGUGCUAACUUGGUUUAGCUGUUUUCAUUUAUUUUGUUUUGCUUCGUUUACUGAUCACACUGCUUUAGGCAAGAGGGUGUUGUCUUAGAUUAACCUAUCUAAUGCAACAAGAAAAAGGAGUGAAGGUCAUCUCACUCAAUGUAAGGGGCAUUCGGAAGGCGAACGAAAAGGAGUAGCAUCUUCAGCUACCUGAAAGAUCAGAAGGCAAAAGUCUAUUUUCUUCAAGAAACAUAUUCAGAAAUUAAUGAUGAAGCUAUUUGGCAGAAUGAAUGGGAAGGUAAAAUAUUUUUUUCUCAUGGGACUAAACAUAGCAAAGGCGUUUGCAUUCUGAUAGAUCCUUCAUUGAAUUAUGUGUUGGAGUCUUCACACGCAAGCAAAUCUGGUAGAAUUGUCAUGAUUACAGUUUUGGUGAAUGGAUUGAAAAUUUCCUUUUGUAAUAUCUAUGCACCAAACAACCUACAGGAACAGUUGGAGUUUAUUCAAGAGUUGAACAAUUGCCUAAUUGACAAGGCUCAAGCUGCUAGUCUUGUUUUAGGUGGUGAUUGGAAUUGUACACUCUCAAAAAAAGAUAAAAAGGGUGAAGUGCCAUGGAAACCUUCACAAUUUAGGAAUAUGCUGUUGAUCACCAUGGAAACGUUUGAUUUAUUACAUAUACAAAGAACACGUCACCCACACCUCAAUAUUUAUACCUAUGCUUCUAAAACUCUUAAUGUUAAGACAAGUCGAGAUUAG